UCUGCUCAUAAGCGUCUACUCGGAAUCAGUCUGACCCCUGCAGACCCCAGACCACCUCACACUUUUCUGAAACCCAUCUCUGUGUCCGUUUACACAAUCCCGGCCGGAUGCCAUACACUGCGCCGUUGAAGACGUCGCCCUUCGCGCAGCAUAUCGAACAUUCCGAACUCACCCCUCAAUCCUGCCCUAGCUCCCCCACGGCUGUCACGUCGCCGCCUCCACGCCAGCAUCUCCCGCGAUCAUAUUCCUCGACCUCCUAUGUUCGGAGGCAUCGGAGAAGUCCCUCCAAUAGCAAGGUGUUCGUCUUUCCAUCCUCGGACAGCCAUUCAAAGGUGGAUCAUGCAAUCGAUACCCAUGCCAGCAUCCGGUCGUCCCCCCCGCCUCUGAGUGAUGCUGUCAUCCCUCCCGGGGCCCUGAUUUCACCUCCCGAGUCUGCCCCCAAUUCGAGUGAUGAAGAGCUAUCAUACCGAUCUCAGGACGGGCUCCAGCUGGAGAAAUUGGAGGCUGCUGUAAGGUCAAUUGAGCAGAGACGAGUCUCCUCCCCAGAGAGACACCCGCUGGACAUGCAGCCGUCAUCGAGCAUGGCAGCUAUCUCCGGUGGUCCCGUUAGGCCUCCCCACCCACCUCUAUCUCGGGAGGCUCGCAAGAUAUCUCACUCCCGAUCGGCCACAGAAACCUCAAUUGAUGCCAAGCACGAAGAGGCCCUGACCAGCUCCCCGGAGGAAAGCGACCGCGAUGACGAGCCUCGGGCCAAACAUCCCAUGGUACGUAAGAAGUCAGGAGAACUUGUGAGACCGGCUCUCCGUCCAUCCUCGUCUCGAAGGCGUCCAUCCAGCAUGCCGGGGACUCCGACAUUCUCAAAGGCCGUCCAUUUCGAUGCCCAGCUGGAACAUAUCCGCCAUUUCCUGCAGCUUGAUAGACCUCAAGCUGUGAGCGCCGAUACAUCCCCAGUGGAGGACUAUAACGCGGCAGGGGAGUUUCCGUUUAGCAAGAAAAGCCAUGGUCAAACGUCCACCGUGUGGGAGCUUAGCCUGACGAACUUCCCAAGCGACAUCGCCUCCCGGGCCACGCAACGCGUUCGAUUGGAGCGUUUGUAUUUAUCCUCGGAUAAAAACACCAUGAUUGGAGUUGUCGGGGUCGCCAACUUAGCCUACCACAAGCAUGUUGCCGCCCGGUUCACCCUAGACCAUUGGAAGACAGUUUCCGAGGUAUCGGCAGAGUUCAGCGAUGCUGGUCGACGGAAACUUUCUGAUGAUGGUUAUGACCGGUUUUCGUUCAAUAUAAAGUUGGACGACCAGACGAAUCUGGAGAAGAAAACGAUGUUUGUUUGCGUUCGUUAUAACGUCGGCGGCCAGGAGUACUGGGACAACAACAAUUCGCAGAACUAUCAGGUCAACUUUAUCAAAACCACCAAAAUGAAACCUGAGGCCCCGGCACCGCCUCCCGCGAAGCCUCGCGCUUCUUUGCCUCGUAGCAGGAGCUUCGCUGGUUCCAACAAUCGGCCGCACUCAAUGCCUCCUUCCUUUGAUACCUUUUCGGAGAUGGACAAUUAUACCUCGUUUGGCAGUCCACCGAAGAAUGCCAAAGUGAAGCCAUUGGCCGACGAUGACCCGAAUGAUGUUGAAACAGUUGCCCCGAUACGUCGCGACAAGCAAGGCCACCAGGUUUUUGGAAAUCGCUACGAUUUUGAAGCCUCCUUGUCUGCAGCCAUGCAGACCAAGCAGGCCCAUGAUCGUACGACACUGACAGCACGAGCAAAGUCUCAUGCCCCAUCGCGUGGCCACCAUGGACAGACCCCAGACAAGAGAACGAGCCCGAAGACUGAAAAUGCACCUUCGGUCAGCAAGGCUAGUCCACAGACCACACCCUUCAACCACCACAAACCCUCCACCCUUGUUUCCAGCAAGCCACAUCGCGAAUCCUCCGUGUACAAAGAGCUGGUCGACAAAUACUGCUUCUUUGGAUCCACCAAUUUCUCAGCUGGCCCUGAUGGUCCCGCGACGGCAACCAGGGAUUUUGGGAGCCGGUCGGGGUCUAGCAGCAGUUCCAGCUCGGUAUCCCCAUGCUCGUCCCCUCGCAUGUCCCCUCGCGCAGAAGCAGCCCCCUCCUCGCCGAACCACACCGGCUAUCAAUACAUCCAGAACAGCUUUCUGAAUGAAACAAAGACGCCCGCUAUCAUUCAAGGUUGAAUGAACCUUUCACGAUUUAGACUUGGCUGUUGUCUUAUAAGCCUUGACACAAAUGACCUUUUUAACAUAUCUACCCGGCCCGGGUUGUUCGUCUAGAACGACACGGGGCAUUCCUGUCUCUUCCCGGUGAUGGGAUAGGACGUUGAACAAUGAUGUUCACGCCCAGGAAUACUUGACUUUUGAACCC